AUGGGCUCACCCUCCAAGGGGCCGCUCUUUAUUCCCGGGGCCGGCUCUGCACACAGAGCCAUUGUAACGGUUUGUGUCCAUCGCCAGGACACGGACGGCUCGGGCAUCCAGAAGAAGAACUGCACGUGGCUGCUGGUGACGCAUGAGCCGUGUGCCAAGGACGAUGUGAUGACAGCACUAGAGAAAGCCACUGGUGAUGCUGUGUUCAAGUUUGAACCAUUUGUUCUUCACGUGCUGUGUCGGGAGCUGCAGGAUGCACAGCUGCUGCAUUCGGUGGCUAUUGACUCUGGGUUCAGGAACUCUGGUAUUACAGUUGGCAGAGGAGGAAAAAUUACAAUGGCUGUGCGGAGCACUCACUGCUUGGAAGUUCCAUUGAGCCACAAAGGGAGAUUGAUGGUUUCUGAAGAAUAUAUUGAAUUUCUGGUACAUGUGGCCAAUCAGAAAAUGGAAGAAAACAUGAGGAGGAUUGACAGGUUCCACAAAGGCCUGGAGCUGGCUCUGGAGGCUGCUGUCCCUGCAGACACCUUGUUUCCCGAGGUGCCACAGAAGAGCCACUCUGUGUACCUGCACAGGAGAAAGAGACGGGCUGCUCAGGGGCAGGCUGAUCCCAGCAGAGAGCUGGAGCCCCAGGAUGACACUGAGAGCAGCCUUGCUCUGUUUGCUGAAAUCAUGAUAUAGACUAACACAUUUGAAAGCAAAUGGUGAACUGAAAAAUGAUUGUAAUGCUCUUUCAAGGAGAUUCAUACACUCCUGUGCUCCAAGUAGUAAUGCACUUGUACACUGACCAGAAAAAAGGUAAUGAACAGAACAGUGAGCAGGUGUAGCUACACAGAGAACAAAGGACACAGAGAACAAAGCUGCAGAAUGUUUUGGGAGUUUUUUAAGUGACUGUUGAAUUAACAAAGUGGUACUCCAUCAGUUAUCCUAGAAAUAGCUGGUUUGCUGCAGUCUUUCUCCAUUCUCUGUGGCAGCAUUUCACUUCCAACUUCUGGGUUUUGCGGAGCCAGCUGCUCUGCAGGUCUCUCCCUCAGGGAGCUGGAGAGGUGCUGGGGACAAGCACUGAGGACUGAAGAGCAUCCACUGAAGAGCCAAUACCUGAGGUGGAAAUUCCUCAGAAACCUUCCAAAGGAGCGCUGUAGGACGUGGCUGGAGGGACUGACACCGGCAGCAGCGACCACAAGCAGUGCCCACGGACACUGUAACAGCCAAACCCUCACCCUGUAACAGCACUGCAGUGUUUACAUGCUGAGAAAUACAGUUCGUCAGGAACUCCUGUGUGGUAUGAUCCCACAUUCCCCUGAAGAAUGAGUAAAAGUCAGGGAGACUUUGUGGCAUCUUAACACAAAAGCGUUACCCUAACUGUUGGCAUCUUGUUACUUUAUUCCCAUCAUCUCUAAUGGUUGGAGACUGCUGGGGACCUCAUACUGACACUGAACAAGACCCUACAA